AACCACAAAGUAACUCUCUCUCUUUCCCAUUUCAGUCGGCUAUCUCAAUCCGCAUUCUCUCAACCGAGCUCUUAGAAUAAGUCAAUUCUAAAUAUUUCUAAUCUUCAUUUCUGAACAAAAUAAUAUUACAGACAACAAAAUAAUCUUCAUCCUCUACCUAUCUCUUGCUUUAGACCUGUAGCAUGGAGACCAGCUUCAAUUACAAAUUAUUUUAAUUUAUCCGGGGCAACAAAUUUUAAAAACCAUUUAUUUUGUUAGUAUUUUAUUGAAUUUUGAUUUCAUAGCACCUUUUUCCCCCCUUUCCAAUCAAAGUUGUAUCUUUGAUCCUUCGAUGGAUUCUGAGUUCUGGACCUCACGCCUUGCCGCUGCAAAAAGACAGUACGCUCUUCAGCAUCAUCACCCACACCUAGAUCGGUUGGGAAUGGAUGAUUUUGAUUUGGAGGAAGAGGUGCGACCAGAUUUUCCGUGCCCCUAUUGUUACGAGGACUUCGACAUCGCCUCCUUGUGUUCGCAUCUUGAAGAUGAACAUUCAUGUGAAUCCAGGGUCACGAUUUGUCCCAUAUGCUCAGUUAAAGUUGCAAGGGACAUGUUGAGUCACAUAACACUGCAACAUGGGCACUUGUUUAAGUUACAGAGAAGGCGCAGGUUAAGAAGAGUUGCCAUCCCAAACAGUCAAACAUUGUCACUCUUGGGUCGUGAUCUUCGUGAGGCUCAUUUACAGGUGCUUCUUGGUGGCAGUGGCGGAUAUCGGUCAUCAAACAGUUCCACAGUAUCUAAUGCAGCCACUGAUCCGUUCUUGUCCUCUCUUAUUUUAAAUUUCCCUGCUUGUGAAGCUGAAGAAAUUUCUAAAUCUGUGGUAACCAGUGCUGAAGAGUCUUCUGCAAAGAAUACAGCACCUUCACAUAUAUGGAAAUCAAGCUUUGAUCCGUCGUUGAGCGCUGAAGAGCGGGAGAAAAGGAUGAGACAAGCAGCUGGGAGAUCUGGUUUUGUGCAGGAUUUGUUUCUUUCAACCUUGUUAGGCGACUAACAGAGGCUUUAAGUUGCUUAGAAGAGAAGAAUCAAUCAACAGUCGUCCUUUGAUGCAGGAAACCGGGACAAAGAUCCAUCCUUUGGAUUGGAUAUUGUGGCAGUGGCACCUUUGACAUGGUGCCCACUUUGAUGAGAUAUCAAUUUAUCCAUCCUUGUAAGCAACUCCACUAGACAAGUAGAUAGAGAUGUAUCGCUUUCUUGGGGAAAAAACAAAAAAAGAUAAAGAAAGAGCCUACUGUUGAAUUAUUUUGCUAUAUAUUGGCAAUAUGAAUCUUGAAUCA